UCGAGUCUAACAGAAUCAAGUUUCAUUUCGUUUCCCUCAAUGAGCCACUACCGAACCGUCGUAAACCCAUGAUAUCACUUGAUUUCGUAAGUGAUCCUUUAGGGAUAAAAAUUUCCCAGUCCUGUAGUGGCUUGUUGCUUUGCUCUUCCUCUAGUUCCAUGAUGGAUUCUAGUAACACUUGUUACUACGUUUACAAUCCUACGACAAAACGAUAUACCACCAUCCCCAGGCCUCGCAGUUCCCGUGAACAAUAUAACGUUAUACUCUCCAUGAACUUGGCAUUUGAUCCAUCUGUGUCUCUUCAUUACAAAGUACUUUGUGUGUGCGCCGAUGGUUCGCCUAAUUCUCCUUAUCAGACUGACGUUUAUUCAUCUGAUACUAGAAAAUGGGACCUAUCCACUGCAUCAUUUGUUGAUUCUUGUGGUGCACUAUUUGAAAAUGGCAUCUUCCUGAACGGCAAGAUCCACUGGCCUUCUUGCUCGAAAACUUCAAUUUAUUAUGAUCUUAAUCGAGCUAAAGUGCUGGAAAUGCCUAUGCCUAUGCCUAUGCCUGUUUCCCGUUCAAGAGAGCUUCGACGUUUCGAGGAGUCUGGAGGUCGUUUGUUGUUUGUUUCCUUUUCUGAACCUCGGAAUACACAAUUUGAUGUGUUUGAGAUGCAGAGAAACUAUUCUACGUGGUUUCUGAAAUAUCGUGUUGACCUUCGAGUGGGUGCAGCGGCAUUUCCGGGGUUGUUAUCUUCUCCAUAUUUCUUGCUCUGCUUUGUUGGGGGAGAAGUUGAAGGAGAGCUAUGCAUGAUCUUGUACAUAGCUGGUCAAGUCGUAUACUACAACAUCGCACAUAGGAGUUUCAGGAAGGUUUGUGAUCUGCACCUGCGUGAUUGUGAUUUUGACUUAAUAGUUCUUCGCCCCUGGAUGACCAUCCAUCGGUGCAUGGAGACGCUGUCUUAUGGUUGA